UUUUCUGUGCACAUGGUAAAAAAAAAAAAAAAAAAACCUGGGAAGAGGAAAUUACGGAAGACACUCAUCUGCUGCAGUUUGGUAAUGUGGGUGGUGAUGCUUCAAGAGCCGAGUUUGGGGGUGAAGGGGAGGGGACAGAAGGGAGAAACCACAGCCCUUCUGAGCUCAGCCGGCUCGACGCUGGUAAAGCGCAAGGCUGGUUCUCAGCCGCAAGCGCCGCUCGGCCGGAAGCCCAGGGGCCGGGAGGGGCCUCGGCGACACAGCCAGACGCGGCGACCCCGCCCUUGCGGGGUCCGGGCGCGGACGGGACGCGGCGGGCUGCCGGCCGGCAGAGCCCCGCGCGGGGAGGCCGGGCGGCGGAGGCCGAGGGGCCCGAAAGGGAGUCGCGUUACCUUGUUCAUCCCAUUGCCCAUGGCGGCCGCACGGUCUAGCAGCGCGGGCGCGGCGGCGGCAGGCGCACUGAGGGCAUGUCGGCGCGGGGCGGGGAGGAGCAGGCGGCGGGCGGGGAGGGCGGCCGCGCCCGCCGCAGAAACAACGCCAAGGGCCGGGACCGCCGGGGACGCCCGGGCCCCGCGGCCCUUCCGCUCCGGCCCCCGCUCCCACGCUCCCGCCCGCCGCCCCCGACCUCCCGGCCGCCGGGCAGAGGCACCCGAGCCCCGGCGGGCAGGACGCGGCCGCGCGCCCCCUCCCCCAGCCAGCCGGGCGCCCGCCCCGCGACCCCCCGGGGCUGGCAGACGCGGGGCCUGGGGGCCGGGCCGGGAAGGCAGGGCCGGGACCGCGGCUCCUCGGCGCACGCGCGCCCGCGCCCCCGCCCCGGCCGCGGCCGCCCGUUGGGCUCGGAGACGGGGCGGCGCCGGUGGUCACGCAGGCGCAGCCCCUACCCAGCGGGGCGUGUCGCGAGCCGCCCCCUCACCCCCGUCGGGGUCACCAAAACUCCCGGAGGCCUUUCCCCGGGGCGGCCGGGGGCCUGUUACCAGCAGUCGCCGCCCUGCCUUGACUGCCUGGGUGAAUCAGGUGCUAACCGGAGCCUGGGUCUUGCGGCUCCCCUGCCUGGGUUUUCUGAGUGCGACCGAUUUAGGCAGGGUGGGGGGAUUCCUGCGGCCCUGCCCCACCCACGAAGACCGAGAAGGCUCGCCGGGUGGAGAAAGGUGGGCUCGGUGACUCAUCUCUGGGAUGACCUAACCUCCCCAACCUGGCGGAGCAGCUGUCCGGACUCAGGCCUCAUACCGUGACUGUGGACGUCUAGUGUGCCCCCUUCUUCUGAUUAUAAACUGGCUCUGAGCCAUCCUGGAAGACAUGGGUAUCCAGUGGGCUGCUUGAAGCCAUGCAGCGCAGCGGGACUGUGGGGAUGGGUCCUUCGAUGACCUCGCCCUUUGAAAGACCACCAAUUUCCAGCCCUCCGAGCAGUAUUCUGACUAUGAACUUGUUUUCCUUCUUCUAUUUAAGAGGUUUGGGGACCUUAGAUCUCAGAGCACAGGCAUCCGGAGAGUGUGGAGUCGGAAAAACAGCAAGAGGAAUGAAUAUCCAGGGCUUCAACUUCAGAUCUGCACACCCAACAACUAACACAGGAGCAACUGCAACACAAGGUGUGCUCAGCUCACAGGAAGUCAGGGUGUGUUUCUCCUUCACCUCUCACACAGGCAGUACCCCUGGAAGGGAGCAGGGAAGUCUGAGGCAAAGCUCGGCCUGAUUCAUCGAUGCACAACUUGCAUACAGUACAGACCAGAACAAUGUCAGUCUAAAAAUGUUUGUAUUUGGCUUUGUAACGACAUUACUGUCUCCCCCCAUUAUGUCCCAAAAUACAAGGGAAUGCUUACCUGUGACACAUGGAGGUUCCCAGGCUUGGGGUCAAAUUGGAGCCACAGCAAUGCUGGAUCCUUAACCCACUGAGCGAGGCCAGGAAUCAAACCUGCAUUCUCAUGAGUACUACUCAGGUUCAUUACCGCUGAGCCUCGACAGGAACUCUCCCAGGACUUUUCUGCUGGGGCUUCUCUCUCCAACUGGAAGAAGCCAGCAGUGUAAUUUGCAUCUUUGGGGACCUUCGACAAGUUCACUAGAUCCCCGCCAGCCCAGUCAUCAUUCCCUUAACGAAACUUCAUUUAUCAGGUUGGGAAUACUGAGACCUCAGAUUUAAGCUAUACAACUUUGAGCAUUCUGUUGGUAACACCCAGAGCAAGUGUUAGAUUGGGGGAAGGAGGACUUUCUCUUCUUUUCUCAUGAGAAAUCACUUUGAGAUGGACAAAGGUUGAUCUUGGCCACAGUUUUUAAUGUUUUUUGUUUGUUUUGGUUCAUAAUAGUCUGCCUAAAGAUCAGAAUAAAGUGGGUAAUACUUUUUAAAA